AGUGCGAAGCGAAGCAUCGAAAGUGUCAGGUGUCUAGCGGAAUUUACGUUCGUUUUUGUCUCUCGUAUAUUUGGCGCAUAUUUUGACGUCAGCAACAAAACCCGAGCAGUUGAAGCAAAUCCAAGGAUCUCGGAGAGUUCAUACAUACACAAAAGCACGCUUGCAAGAAUACCGAAAAUGGGCGUGGCACGCCUUACCCUAAUGCUGUUGGUAGCAGCAAUGCUGCAGCUGAACCAUGUGGAUGCCUAUUCCAAGUAUGGACGCGGCUGUGCCGACAUUGGUUGCCUACCCACUGAGGAGUGCAUCAUCACCAGCGAUUCGUGCAGCUAUAAUCAGCGCGAUGGCAAGGACUGCGGCAAUUAUCCGACCUGCAAGCGCAAGAGCGGCUCCAGCACCAACCAGGCAAAUCCCUCCUCCUCGUCGUCGUCAGUUAAUCCGUCAGGUAGCGUGCUCAAUCCCGGUUAUCCCAUGCAUGGCCUGCAGCCGAUGAACCCCUACAAUCCAUCGUUCGUAUUUGGUCAGAUCCCGUUCUAUUCGGGACCGGCCGGCACUGGUGGACCGCCUGGCGGCGGCGCCGGCAUCGGCAUGCCCAGCUCCAGCAUAGGCAUCCUCGGAGGCGGCGGCGGCGGUCUGGCCCCAUAUGGAAGCAAUUAUCAGGGCUAUCAGACACAUCAUCAGAAUGCGAACAUGUACAACAAGCCGCCGCCACAGUACCAGAACCAGAACCAACAGAAUCCCUACAAUCGCCAGACCCAAGCACAUCCUUCGGCAGCGGGGCGACGCGGCAAUUCCAGCGCUCCGCUCAUCGGUCUACUCGCAGUCCUGGUGUUGCUGCUGGCCAAUGGAGGCAGCGACAGUGCCAGCACGUAAUAAGAUGCAGCAGCUGCUCUCCCUCCACUGAUACCCUUCACUCUUGAUCCUGCAACACGACGACGACAACGACGACGAUCAACCAUAUGCAAAUCCUUUGCUUGCUUGGUUUCUUUCAAUUUCCCCCUAAUUUUCUUUUAUUAUUUUCACUGGUUUUUGGGCCCUAUAUUAAGACACUUAAAGCGGGCUGGUACGAAAGCUACAGCAAUAGCAACAGCAAUAACAACAACAACACUUGCAACAGCUGCAACAUGUUGCCUUUGCUGCGCAUUACUGAGAGGCAACACCUAUGGAAACAACAACAAAGCGUUAAAUAAUUGGUUUUAAGUCAAAUUUAAGUAAAACCCACAAGCAGGAUAAUCUUUUGCAUAUAGACAAAACAUAAAACACGCCCACAAUAUUAUUGAAGUUAUUUCUUUUCUAUACAUUCUCAGCUUACAGCACUCCCCGCCCCGGGCGUAUACGUAAUAUUCAAAGAAUAUUGUGCGUGCGUGGGUGUGUGUGUGUGGGUGUGUGAGUUGAUUUGUGUGUUGGUCUUACUUUCAGUUUGUACCCGGUCCAUAUGUAGCCCUGGCCCUGAAGGCUCGUUGCACUUCUCUCUGUUUUUUGCAGCUCAAUUAAAUUGGAAUUUAAUUUGGGGCUUAGAGCCAGUGCUUGCAACAGCCACAGACUUAGCUGCACGUCGGACACACACACACACAUGCACUCACACACGCAUACACGCACACAUACACACACACAACAGUUAAUUUAAUUUUUGUUGCUACUGCGAAUUUUGUGGUAACCAUUUCCGGCUUUUAUUUAGUUGUUGCAGCUGCGGAUGCAAUUGUUGCUGUUGCAGUUGCUGUUGAUUGAAAUAGUUGCAGCCCAGGCACAGUUGUUGUAGAUACAGAUACGCGUGUCAAUCAAAAUGCAAAACAAGCUGGUUUAAGGCUGCAAACAAGUAAUUACUAUUAAAACAAAAAAAACGAAAAUUAAAAUAAAUAUAAUAACAAAAUCCGCUCUAGAAAUCAAGAAAUUUAGUAACAAAAGCGGUUUACUUAAAGCAGCUAAAAAGUGCACAAAGUACACAGUUUAAUGUAAUCUUAAAACAAUUUUUUUGCAAAAGUCGUAUGCAAUUAUUAAAAAUAAUAAAUGUAAGAGAAAAAGCAAACUUUAAAUCAAACGACACUUGAAAACUCGUAUGGAGAGAGAGAUACCAAUAAAAUUUGCAAAUAAUGAAAUUAAGAAAAAUAUGAAAAGAUAAAAUAACUGCCAGGAAAAAACAUUUACGAAAAAUAGAUAUACACAUAUACUUGAGAAUCAAUUAAAUGCCAAAAGUUUCAAUGAAAUCUCGUAACAAACUCACGAACAGCAACAACAUUUUAACUACUUACAACACAUCGGACAUCUUGAACAGAUGAAACUGCUGCCUGAUGCCAGAUACAGUCGAUAAUAAUUUUAAAUCCUUAAAACAUAAAAACUAAAUCUCAGCAGGCAGCACUCUUUUUUAAUUUCAAUUUAAAACAAUAUCAAAACAAGGGUUCAUUUUAAUGGAUAAGAAAACUGAACAGCAAACUGUUUUCAAAAAAUGUGUAAAAAAAACAUAUACAAAUAUGUAUUUAAUUUCAAUAUUCACCACCUGAUCCAAUUUUUAUUAUUAUUAUUAUUAUUCAGUUUAAUUUUAUUUUUACGUAUUUUAUUAUUUUUGUGAAACGAAUUUAUUUGCAAAUAAAUCAACUACAAAUAGAGCAAAUCGAAAGUAUAUACGUAUAAAUAUAAUUACUCCGUCCGAACACGCAUUCUGCGCAUUGUUGAUUUGAUUUCUCAUUUAUUUAUUUAAGCACACAGACACACACGCACAUUUAUUUGAAUGGAACUCAACUAAAAAGUCAUGUGAACAGUAUUAAAGAACUAACUAAAGCAUUUGAUGAACUAUACUUAAACCUAACCCUGGCAAAAAACAAAAAAAAAAUAACCUAUAAAAAUAACCAUGUGAAGUGCAUGCAAAUAUUAAUUAAAUAUUGAAGAUAAAGGUAUUGAUAUCUAUUAGACAUAGGGCAUUAAGUUAACGAAAGGGUAUUCAAGGUAUUCAACUAUUCCCAUUUAAAAACAGGCAUAUAUUACAUCUACCUAUAUUGACCCUCUUGAAUAGUUGAUAACUUGGCGUUGUACAUAGCAUUCCCACACUAACGCAUAAUAUACUUAUAUAUAUAUAAAUAUAUAUAUAAAUAUAUAUAUAUAUAUAUAUAUAUAUAUAUAUA